CUACAUCUUCUUUACUCUGAGCAACAGGUUAAAGCUGUGCACAUCCAACCAAUGCCCUGGGGAUGUGUUAUGACAACCGAAAACGGUGAACAGCGAGAGCAAGAAGUGGCAUGAACAGAUCUCAAGGUUUCUGACAUGUGGGGGUGGGUGAAAAGGACCUCUGUUGAGAAGUGUCUAGCCUGAAGAUACAACCAUCAACUCAAGUACCAUCAGGCAGCCACGGAAAACUGCCUGGGCCGACUUCUGACUGCUGCGUUGAAUGAGGUGACGCGGCAGAACUUCCGCUUUCCUAUUUCCGUACACAAACGCUCUGCUGAUGACGUGUACACUCCACCACCGUUAGCUGGCUAGCUAGCUAGCUUAGCCACCUGUCAGAAUAAAGUAACGCUACAACGCAAGGGGAAACAGUGCUUCAACAAAUCACGGAAGAUGGAGACGCUUUACCAUCAGACAAACAAGCAAAUCCAAGAGGUGCAGUCUCUUAUGGGACAUCUGGAGAAGACGGAUCGUCAGUCAGUCCACUUGUUAGAGAAUGAAUUGCAGACUAGAAUCGACCAGAUCUUCAAUCAUUUAGAACGCCUCGAGAUCCUGGCCAGCAAGGAACCACCAAACCGCCGCCAGAAUGCCAAAUUGCGAGUGGACCAGCUUAAGUAUGAUGUCCAACACCUUCGAACUGCCCUGCAAAAUUUCCAGUACAGAAGCUACGCCAGAGAGGCCCAGGAGAGAGAGAGGGAGGAACUAAUGAGCCGUACCUUCACGACCAACGACGCAGAUACCUCCAUCCCCAUAGAUGAGACCCUACAGUUAAACUCCAACUUGCACAACGCACACAGAGGCAUGGAUGACCUCCUGGGCAGCGGCAGUAGCAUUCUCAAUGGUCUGAGAGAUCAAAGAUCUACACUAAAGGGGACCCAUAAGAAGAUGUUGGAUGUGGCCAACAUGCUGGGGCUGUCUAACACAGUGAUGCGACUGAUAGAAAGGCGAGCCACCCAGGAUAAGUUCAUCAUGAUUGGAGGCAUGCUGUUGACCUGCAUCUUCAUGUUCCUGGUAAUCAGAUACCUGGGCUGACCACCAUCCAUCCACAGCGGCCAUUGUGAUCAGUCGUGGACCUUUCUGCAGCACAUUAUCCCUCACGAUGUGAAAAGUGGCAGAAUUGAAUUUUUAACAUCCGAUUUGAAUAUAUUUUUAAUAGUGCCAAUAUAGUUUUUUUUUUUUUCCCCCCACCAUUUAAAUUAUUUUGAGCACCUGCAAAAUGUUAAGGUUAGACCUUAAUUACAUUGAGUAUUUUAUUCCACUUGAAGCUACAAUAGAGCAUUGCACUGUAUCAUAGGUCUGCUGCUUUCCUCAGAGGACUACCACAAAUCCAUAACCUAGUCAUUUUAUCAAAACCACUUCAUCACUCUUGUGACUACCCAAGUGGCUUUUUCAAAAAUACUUAAAACUGAUCUUCAUACUUUACUUGCUCUUGCCUCCAGUGAAAAGCUAUUUGUUUUGAUCCUGAAUCUGUCAGUGUUAUUCUGCCUUGUUGGUUCUUAAAUAGAAACAUCCUGAAGAAUAUUUUGUUUUAUGUUUAUCAUGUACAUAACAGCAAUAUGAAUCUGUUCUGAAAGACAAUGGAAGCAGCAAUUCAUUUAUCGUUAAAUUCUUUUUCCAAUAUAAGCUUGGGUCUAGUCUCACUAUGGGCGUGAUUGAGUUCUAAUGUAAUAAAACAUGUUUGAUUUCCUUUGUAUAUCUCUAUCAAAUGACUGCUGGAAUCAGCGGUUCACAGGAGGGAAGUAUAGUGGAAACUGAAGGGUGUUAACUCAGCUGUCAAGUUUCUUUUUUCACUGCUUUCACAAGUCUAUUCAAGGCAACUAGGGCACCAUCUAGUGUUGGUUGACUGUUCCCAAUGACGCUGGUGUUUCCAUGUUUGUGACUGAAUGGUUAUGUUUACGUGUGAAUUUCAUUAACCCUAUAGAUUAUCAAACACAUGAACUCAAGAUUUUAUUUGCUAAAACAGUAAGUUUUUAAAAAAUACAGAGUUGCUACUGUAAAACAAAUCAGUCAUUUACCACCCCAGCCCAUCUUAACCCAGCUGAUUUAGAAACAAAUGUAAUAAAAACACAUGUGACCAUCUUCCAUCAA